CCCCCAAAAUCCCCCAAAACACGGCCGCAAAAUUUCCCCACUCGGCUCCUCCGCUCACCCCCACAGACGGCAAUGGAGGCCGCCGCCGCCGACCUCCUCGCCGCCCUCUCGUCCCCGUCCUCCCAUGCCGGCCUCCGUUCCCGGUUCAAGGCCUACCUCCAGCCCUUCACCCCCUACCUGCCCACCGCAAACCCUAACCCCAAGCCGCCGCCGAAGAGGGCGACGAAGCAGAACAAGCAGCCGCCGCCCGACGCGGCUACCCUCCGACCCCUCGCGAAGCGAUUCCUCCCGUUUAUCGCCCGCGCGCUCCAGCUCCUCCCGCCGCUCGUCCGCGCGAGUCCUGGCUCGGGCGACGCGGGUGGUGGGGGCGCCGACGAUCUCCUCGAGAUCUACGGCCUCCUCUUGGAUUCCCUCGAGGCCAUAUCACCUUGCCUCGCGGGGAAGCCCUACUCCGUACUACUUCAGCGAGGCCGCUUCGUGUGCUGCCUCGAGUCGCGCGGCCACCUUGCUCGCGCUAAUGCGGAGGCGGCCGCUGCCCUCGACGCACUCCGCUCCUCGCUCUCUCCACCCACCAAGAGCACCAAGUCACGAAGAGGCGCCGCAGACGUUGCUCCCAUUAUCCUUCCGGACCCUGGUAGCGCUGGGGACGCUGGCGCGGACCCUGAAGUCACCAUCCUCGCGGUCGAGCUCACAGUUUGCCUUGCUAAUUGUGCCAGCAAGGGCAACGUGAAGGAAGCUGCCCCUUAUGAACGGGUUCUCAGUCUGGUUGAGCAGCUGCAGCCAUGGCUUCGGAUUCUGGCUGAUGACGUCCGCACGAAGUAUCGCACGCUUCUUGUGAAUGCAAUGAGCCGCUGCAACCUUUUCCUUGUUUCUGAGUCUUCAUCCUUCAAUACUGAUGAGCUGGUGCAUAAUUUCUGUGUUUCUACGAUACAAGAGUAUGUGAAUGCUAGGAUGACUGAGCGUUUGCCAGCAGUAUGUGUUGCUCGCAAGAUUUGCUCUUCUGUAGAUUUCAGCUGGGGAGGGAGCACAAAGCUUUUGCUCCUUGUAUUAAAAAACAUAGCUGAUUCUGUUGUAUGUGUAAAGGCUGACUUACUGAAAGCUGUAAAUGAGUUUUUGGUAUUUGUGUCAUACUUUGCUCGGUGCAUUCUUUCUGCUAAUAGGGAUUUAUGUGUUGGCGCUUCAGAGCUACUUUAUGAACAAGGUCGCUAUUUCGCUGAGGUUCCCUCUCCAACCGCUUCAGUUCUUCAUCUUUAUGCGACUGGAUUAUACUAUUGUACCCAGAAAGAGGGAAGUGAAAUGCCCUGUUUAUCCGCAGACAUUCUCAACAAUGAAAAGUAUUUACAAGCUUUAGACAAAGCAGUUGGAUCAUUGGCACAUAUGGCGCAUGAUAGUAUAUCUUUGUUGACAUACUUAGAUUCUAUGGAGUUUGUUUGCAAGGUGUUAUUGCAGCAUGCAAAUGCAGUUUGGAAGAACUUCUCUGAAGGAAAAGCAGUCCAUUAUUCCAGAAACAUGGAUUCUAUCUUGACAACACUGCAUCAGUUCAUCGAUUCCAGCCUCAAGGCUUAUAGCUGUACAAAAAUGUCUGAACGUGACAACAAGAGACUGCUUGAACAGCGUGGAACCUUGCUGAAAACUCUUGUUUCGACGACUAAAAUUUCUUUUGUUACUAACAAAGAUGUCAAGGAAAGCCUGGCCUCAAUCAAUUCUGCAAUUUCAAGUAAAUGGAUAACGCUCGAGGAGCGCAAAUUCUUGAUAUCUUCACUUGGCAACAUUGGAGUGACACUCUAUAAUACUGGACAUGACCAAGAGGCAGCAAAAGCUUUGGAACUAUGCUGCUAUGCAAUAUGGGCGCAUGUCAAGUUUUCUUACUGUGGAUUAUUGUCAAGGACAGAAGGAAACGGAACUAUGGAGCAUUUGUCGAAGGAUAUGUUGAAAGAUAUCUUCUUUGAUGCAUUUGCACGAAUUGCGAAGAUGGUUGAAACUCUACAUAGAUGUGGAUCAAAAAGGACACACGAGAUUGUUGCGAUGAGCUUGUCUAAAUUGUUGGCUUAUGACGACAUGUCUGAAUAUUUUGAUAGUUCUUCGAUACUGAUCAAAUUGUGGGUUAAGAUCACACACAAAGAUUUUGAGGGUAAUCAAGGUGUGGAUCGUCCUCCACUUCUGUAUCACUCUCUUUUGGACUGCUCGUCUCCCAUGCCGAAAAAAUUGAUAGGCUUAAUUCUAGAGCAGGAGUUGUUAGCAUAUGGAUUGAUGGAAACUCGAGGCUCAAAAUUCUGUGCUGAAAUGCAGAUAAGGGUCAUAGAUGUUCUUUUGGAUAAAAUUUACUAUUUAGAAGAACAUUGUUUGCAGAGAUCAAGGUUUCUUGUCAGAAAAGCUGGUGCGCUUCGUGCAUGUGGAGUGCAAAACAUAGAAAGCUGCCUCGAGUCUUUAUCUGAAGCCAUAUCAUUACUGCAAACCAUCUCAAAGGAUUCAUCUCAAAGCAACACAACUGUGAUCAAUCAAUUGGCUAUUGCGCAAUGCUUGCAUGCCCAUUGUACCCUGGAAGGCAAUCCUGGUUGCGAGGUAAUAUUUAAAAAUAUUAAUAGUGCAUUGAGCUCGUGGUCAAAAGUGGAGACUUUUGAUUAUUCUUCUCCUGGUCAACGGCCAUCACAAACUAUUGUACCACUUCUUUGUUCCCUGGUUGAUUUGUUGGCUAUGAAGGGCUGCUUUAAGCUUCAAUUUGACUUGUGCGAGCUUAUGAUAAGGAUAUGGAGGCAAGAAAACCUACCCCUUCGAAAGAUAUUUUCCUUUCUGUUCACCAGUGGGCGCCUUAGCCAUGCAUACUGUCAUCUCCCAUUGGACAAGGAAUUUAUUUCUGAAGCUGCAGAGCAUCUUGGUGUAGAUUGCAACCACACUGAUUUUUGGAGAAACUGUUUUGGAGGAGAACGUCCUUCUCUCAUUAUGUUUCUUCAGAGAAUGUUGCCGAGUGACUUAUUUUUCCCUCAAUCUUGUGAACAAUCCUUACGUUUUGAUGUCAGUGUUGAUGAGGUCAAUAAGGCUGCCUUGUCUCUGGUUUCUGAAGCUACUUCAAAUGACCAAGCAAUUUUUCUAGCUGGAUACCUAUACUAUGAUUUAUCAGAAAGAUUUUUUUCAUGUGGACAAAUUCUCCAGGCCUUUUCAUAUGGAAAAGAAGCACUCCGUUUGCGCAAAAAGCUCCUAAAAAAGAAAUUCAAACUUAAUUCGGGCAGCUCUGGAAAUAUGGAAAGCCAAUGUUGCGGACAGGACUUCGGUUCUCUUGAAGCAUGGGGACCAACAGUAGCUGAAAUUUGGCCAGAUUCCAGCAAUUCAACCAGCACUAGGGAUUCUUUUCUUACUUCAUGGAGUGUACUUAGAUGCUAUCUUGAGAGCACUUUACAGGUCGCUAUGAUGCACGAAUUAAUUGGUAAUGGAACUGAAGCAGAAGUUCUGUUACGGACUGGAAAAGAGAUAUCAAAAUUCCAUGGGCUAUCGGUCUUCCGUAUUGCUUUUACAUCAUCGCUAGGUCAACUGUACAGCAAGCGACAGCUAUGGGAUGAAGCAGAUAGUGAACUUAAAAAUGCCCAAGAUCUUCUACUGGAACAUGAUGCCAUUGUUUCAUGUAAGCUGUGCAAGUUAACUUUGGAGAUAUCAGUCGACAUGAAAGUUGGUGAUCUAUUUUGGAGUCGCUUUGAAAAAGAUUUCCAGAAACCGUCGGCAGUUAAUUUGCCUAUGGCUUUGAGCAUGUACCGAUCUGCAAUAAAGAAAUUGAACAGCACUGACUUGGAAUUUUUUACUGGGUCCUUUGGUACCCUCAAAACUGCUUGUCAUGUGUGCAGCAAAGAUUGUAUUAUAUCAACUGAGCAUGGGGUUUGUAGUGGGAAAGAACCAGUAGUUUCAAAGGAUGGUAUGUUACCUCCAUGCAGUGUUUGUCUAUUGUUGAGACAAGCAUCUGUUGAUCAUUUUGACGAGCCCACAGCAUUGAAAGCUCUAAUGGAAAUCACGAGGAAUGCUGAAGGAGGUCCACCAUUAGAUGUUAAAGCUAAGAGGACAUCCAGAAAUUCGUCACGUUUAGCUAAGGAACCUAAUGCAGAGACUAAUGCAAAGACUAGAACUCGCUCUAGUAAGCGAACUGUACAUGUGAAAGGUGAUGGAUUGCCUGCAGAUUCUUUAGUUGGUGGUGAAUCAGAGUGUUUCCCUGGCGGCAUUGACCUCAGGAAAGAUGGCCUGUGCAAUAUAUUUGGCUGCUGGAAAUGUCUUUUGGUUAAAUCACUCAAUUCUGGGUGCAUUCAAAAUAUUUUGCAGUUCAGAUGGGAUUGUGUUCGCCGGCGCUGCUGUGUGUCACUUCUAUUGAAAAUAGCUAGAGCCUUGGGAUCUCACAGGGGAAAUUAUGUGAAUCAUGAAGUCCAUAGCGUCUAUUGGCAGUGCAUAUCAUUGCUAUACUUCAGAUCCCUUCCACAGGGUUGUUAUAAAACCUAUGAGCCUCAUUUGGUUGGACUCAUCAUGGAUGGAAGUGCUAGUGAUUUUUUCCCUUUAGAACGUGCAGAAAUAUUAUGCAGUAUGAGCUUCUUUUUGCUAAAAAGCUCCCUUUGUGAACAGCCAAGGGAUGUCUGUUGCUGUCUCCCUAAUGUGCAAAUGUCUGAUAUUCUUACCUGGUUGCUCAAAGCUUUUGUUCUAUCCAGGGAGAGUCCCUCACUUUGUCAGGAGAUUUGCAGGUUACUUGCAUGCACUUUCUUGCUAUCGACGACAGGUUCCUCCAUCCACUUGCCUUUGUGUUCUCAAGAAUCUCUUUCUUUGUGUCAUUGGGCUGCAUACUUCCAUCAAAUGUCUGUGGGAACUUAUCACAAUUAUCAUUACCUUGCUAGUUUUCAAGGGUUGCCCAGGAAAAAGUUUUUGAAGGGCACCUUUGAAGAUUCCAGAAGUGAGAUGCACGAGGGUGUCUCAGCAUUUGUCAGGUUUCCAUCAAUGGACAUAAACCAUAUUGAGAAAGAUAUAAUAGAAUUCUUCCAAAAACUUCCGGAUGUACCAGUUGUGUGUAUUAGUAUGAUUGGAGGAGAUUAUGUUGAUCUCCUUGAGGAAUUUCUUCUCCUUCCUUCCUCUCUUCCUGCUUGGAUGUUGCUUUCAAGGUUUGAUUCAGCUGGCAAACCUACAACAAUGCUUCUUCCAGUGAUUGCUAUUUCAGAAGAAAUGCCAUCUGCUGAUUCUUCCAUCAAAGAUUUGGGCAAUCCAAUGGAAUUUGGUAAGAAGUGGCAAUGCCCUUGGGGUUAUGGAAUUACAGACUAUGUGGUCCCUAUUUUCAAAAGUAUACUCGAGGAGAAUUUUGUAUCCCUCUCUAGUGCAACAAUCACUACAAAUGCUGUGCAAGCUGAUCAUGUCAGAUGGUGGUCGCAUAGAAUGAAGCUCAACAACUACCUUGAUGGCACACUGAAAAACAUGGAAAAAUCUUGGUUUGGACCCUGGAAAUGCCUUCUCUUGGGCCACCAAUUAUCUGAUAAAGACAUUGAUGAAGCCUCCGCAAGUAUUAUCACUGGUCUGGAAACAAAAUUGGAAGUUAAUCCAGCGCUCAUCAAGGCUAUCCUUGGCGGUGCUUUAUCAGCGGAUGAAGUUCAAGAAUGUGUUUAUCAACUUAUUUUGUAUAAAGGUUACUUUGGAAGGGGAGCUUGCUGUGGGAAGGAUAGACUUAGAGCUUUCUCUUCCUGCCAGAUUGAGGAUGAAGCUUUGGAGACACUCAAAUGUUUAAUAACAAACGCCCUAUAUGCGCUACCUGAGCCAGCUGAUAGAGAUCCAGUCAUUUUAGUUCUUGAUGUCAAUGUGCAGAUGCUUCCUUGGGAGAAUUUGCCUGUAUUAAGGAAUCAAGAAGUUUAUCGUAUGCCAUCAAUGGGUAGCAUCUUUUUAGCGUUAUCUCGAAACAAAGAUGACAGUGCCAUAGCCCCUCCUUUUCCUGUUAUUGAUCCUUCCAAAACAUAUUAUCUGUUGAAUCCUAGCGGUGACCUGAGCAGCACACAAGAAGAAUUUCAUGAAUUAUUCAGGAACUAUGAGUGGGAGGGAAUGGCUGGGUCUUGGGAUGGACAAAAGACCAAAGAGCUGGUCUUGGCCUUGACAAAUCAUGACCUUUUCCUAUACUUUGGACAUGGAAGUGGUACGCAGUACGUUUCUGGGAAAGAAAUAGAGAAGCUAAAUAACUGUGCAGCUGCUCUUCUUAUGGGAUGUAGCAGUGGAACACUUCAUUGCAAAGGGAGUUAUGCUCCUCGAGGGGCCCCUUUGUCCUAUUUAUUUGCUGGCUCCCCUGCUAUCGUUGCAAACCUCUGGGACGUUUCAGAUAAGGAUAUCGACCGGUUUAGCAAAGCUUUGCUCAAUUCAUGGUUGCAAGAAAAUUUUACGGAUGACAACAGUUGCUCCAAGUGUUCCCUGCUAAUAAAAGAAUUUGAGUCCAUGAAUAUUGCUUCCAAGGAUAAUGGUAGGGCAAGAAGAAAAGGCACGCGAGGGAGGAAGCCACAACAAAUAAAGGAUAUUACCAAGUGCUGCAGCUGCAGGCAGAAGCGAAUAGCUUCAUAUCUAAGUGAAGCUAGGCGAGCUUGCAGGCUUCCGUUUCUGAUUGGUGCAUCUCCUGUGUGUUACGGCGUGCCUACAAUUAUUAGGAAGAAAGUAAUGACUGAUUCUGUGAUAGGAGAAGAGAGGUGACCUAAAGUGUGACAGUAUCGGGCAUGGUUUUCGCCAUAAUGAUAGUGUGGUGAUCUAUUGUGUUGAUGGAAACGCCACUUUUGGCACGGUUUAGCACCAGCACAAAUAUGCUGACUAAAUUAUAUGCUGUCGUAGGCUCGUCGCCCAUGCUUGGAUAAGUGGGUUUUCUGGACGACCUGCUGUGGACAUGCAUCUAUCGUCGAUCUGGAGCUAUCUCAAUACGUAUAUAGAAUUCUUUUUCUUGCAUGUGUUGUAAAAUGAUGCCGAACAUUGAAUAAAAACUACAAUGUUAUGUCACAGAGAAAUGUGUUAGAGAAUGUAUGUUGAGGCCAUUAAUUGUAUAGUAUGUAAUAGGCAGUUUUGACAUUUUUUCUUGUAACAUACUAAGGGCAUGUUUGUUUGAGCUGCAGCUUUUAAGCUUUUUUUGAAAAGUUGCUGCUGGUUUUAUGGUUCUGAAAAUACAACACUAGCCUUCA